UUUGUACAGAAAACUUAACUUGAUAAUCAAUUAUUUUCAACAACUCCAUCAACAUUAUGUUAGCGAUAUCUCCUCCUAUGUUUUCAACAAUUGGAUGGCCCUUUGAGGAGCCUUUAAGCCAUAACCAGCAUCAGAAUUCAUUCUACAAAGACACUGUUGAUCAAUUAUUUAAUUUUCAUGAUCAAGUUGAGGCAGAAAUUAAUUCAACAGAUCCCUCACAAUCCACAAGCAGUGACCUUAGCAUGGUCAAGAAGCUUGUUCAUAAUGCUAGCGAACGCGAUCGCCGCAAGAAGAUCAAUAAUUUGUAUUCCUCACUUCGUUCACUUCUUCCUGUUUUUGAUCAAAUGAAGAAAUUGAGCAUUCCAGCAACAAUUUCAAGAGUCCUAAAAUACAUACCUGAAUUACAGAAUCAAGUAGAGGGACUAAUUAAGAGAAAGGAUGAGAUCUUAUUGAGACUUUCUCCACAAGUAGAAGAGUUUAUUCUAAGCAAAGAAUCUCAAAGGAAGAAGCAUAGUUACAACUCUGGUUUUGUAGUUUCAACAAGUUGGCUCAAUGAUAGUGAAAUUACCAUUCAGAUUUCAUGUUACACUGUCCACAAGAUUCCACUUUCUGAGAUCUUGAUGUGUUUGGAAAAUGAUGGCCUUUUGCUGCUUAAUCUUUCUUCAUCUCAGACCUUUGGAGGGAGAGUCUUCUAUAAUUUGCAUUUCCAGGUAGAUAAAACACAUAGAUUAGAAUCCGAUAUUCUAAAUGAGAAGCUCUUAUCAGUAAUGGAUAAGGAAGGGUUAUUUCAAGUCAACAAAAAUUAGUUACACUGGAUUUAUAAUUUUAUGCCUAUAAGGUCAUGCAUAUGCCGGAAGCAUGGUUAUACCAAGAGAGGGUUAUUUCUUAGUCUUUAUAUGACUUUAUGGUAUGUGGAAACCAAAAUGUUAAUUAUAGACUCGACCUCUGUAACCAAGCGAAGAGACAUCUCUCUUUCAUUUUAUUACAAAGAGAAAGCAAAAGAAUAUGGGAUAGGGUGUAGAACACAAAAUAGAUUGGUAGAUCGGUUGUUAAAAUUACUUGACAUUGAUUCUUGUUAUGAUAUACAUAGAAUGAAGUCAAAUGGAGAUAAAGUUUUUUUUCUUUUUCUUUUUUAAUGCCCAAAAAUAUAUUUUUGGUCUAUAGAUAAAAUAGUAAACAUCACAAAAACUCAGAAACACAAAUGCAAAGUGUCUAGUUCGAACUCGCACGCAUUCAAAUGUUCAGUCUAACAAAUUCGGUAUAACCAAUUGAGCUCAAAAUAUAGCACAAGACAUUUCGAACAAAAUAUACAUCAUUUAUGCACUGGCAAGGAACAAAUAGUCAAACUCCUCAAUAGGAGAGCAGUCCUACAUUGUAGGUACAACCAAAAGGAGCACCAAAGUACAAAACAGAAAUAAUUUAAAUAUUUAAACACCCUAUAUCUGACAACACUUGAGAAACAAUCAGCCGACGUUCAAGAGGAGGUACGACUCGGAAGGAGCGCAAGUGUGGUUACAAUGGAUAGAGAGGAUCUUCCGAGUGUUAGCCUGUAAAUUUGACAUGCUCAUUAAAUAUAUGUUUUGACCAGUAACUUUGCAGGAAUCGAAGAGCUUUUCGAAUUCAAAUUGAGGAAGCUUCGAAAAGGCAUCAAGCCUAAGGCGCAUUAGAGUCUCGACAAAGCAAAGCAGUUUCGCGUCGAAGACAAGCAAAAGGGCGGGAAGCACGAUUUCAAGCAAAGAAGCGGUUUCCUUUUAGUGGAAAACGUAGGAUAAGUGAUGGUCUAAGAUGGAGGAAGUGCUAAUCAUGGGCUUAGUGGUCCCCCAUCUAGGUUUUAGUAUAAAUAGUAGUUUCCAAGCCGGAAAGAGGGUCGCAAAUCAUAUACAGAAUUCUACAACACUCAAACUACCGGCGUCCAGGGAAACGAGUUAUACAGAAUGUAUGUAAAGUGAUUUGUAGACCACCCCUUUUAUUUUAAUGCAUUGCAUUUUACUUUUUUCCUUGA